AUGGAGGGCUGUUACUUACAUAAUCCAGCCACUCCGCCCAGCCGCGCUGAAGCCGGCGAGGCGCCCGCCAGGCCGCGCGCGCGCCUUGCGAGGGGUGCUGCUGUCCCCCGAAAUAACGUGCUUUCCCCUCCAACCCCCACCUGGUUCUUUGGGGGCCAGGGUUUGGAGAGGUCGUGCUUUCAGAAAAACAUUCGCAUCGAUCGGGGCAUGCUUUACCUUCUUCAGUCCACAGUAAAGAAGCUGGAGACCCAAGGGCAGAGGGAAGCGGAGGGAACGCUUUCGGGGAGAACCGGACGCCGUCCCUCGGUGUCGCGGCCUCUCGGCCGAGAGACCCGGAGCGCGAGGUGCGGCGGCAGCGGCGGCGGCGGCGGCCGGGAGCUCCGAGCGGAGGGCACGCCCCUGCCGCCCGCGCGGCCCCCGGGGGUCCCGCUCGCCCCGCCCGGGCUCUGCGGCCCCCGCCUCCUCCCGAGCCGCCGCCGGGGCCGGAGCCCCUCUCGGCUGGCCCGCGCGGGGCGCACGCCGGGCGCAGAGGGCAGCCACCUGCUCCCCGGGCUGCGCGGGGCAGCGAACAUCCGACGCCGCCCUGGCCACGCGGCCCCGCGGCGCAUCCCCCCGGCCCUCCCCCCACCCCCUUCCCCGCGUCCCCGCUCCGCCACGGCCCGCCUGUUGCUGCGGGGGCCGUUCCGGCGGCGGCGCGCCCGCACCCGGGGACGCGCUCCACCUGGGCGACGGGGGCCUCCCCGGGGACCCAAGGAGGGGCGGGGGCGUUUGAAAGGAUGGAAGAAGCCUCCCCUCCUGUCCACCCCCUUUCUGUUGUCAAUUAAGGACAUUUGGCCGUUACCCCCAGCUUCUCCUUUCUUUGGUGUUUCAAGUCCAGGGUGUGAAUUCCGAGGAGAUGGCAAACCUUUCCUACAGAAGCUGCCCAUCAGACCAGUGAAACCGGCAGGACAAAAAGUUCUAUUCAAGAAGGGAACAACAAGGAGGAAAAAAAGGUCAACAUUCCCAGGACAGAAGAGCUCCUUGGCACUGGAACCCUCCUGGUCCGGUGAGGGAGGGAUGAGGGUCGCUGGUGUAUGAGGAUACACGGCCAUCAUCCAAAACUUCCCAGUUCAGGUGGAAGGAAGAGGUUGGACCAGAACUUGGGAUCCGCGUUGCCCAAAGGAUGGUUCGGACGGUGUGAGUGAGUCACAGAAGAUGUGUCUAGGAGAUACUGUGGACUCAGUUCCAGACCAUCGCCAUAAAGCAAACAAUUCAAUAAACUGGAAGCAAAGGACUCCAAGAUGGGAAAAGCCACACAAUGGAGGGAUCCCAGCAUGCACCAGAUGUUCGUGAGUGUCCUGACCUCUCUGGUCACUGAACUUAGAGACGUCGUCCAUGCAUUCCUGCUCCUGCUCCUGCUGUUCCGCUGUGCAGAAAGCCUUUCCCUGCACUUCCCGUGGAAUGUCUGCACAGUUGUUACCACGGCUUGGCUGCUCCCCUAGGCAGAGCUGUCUCUCCGGAGGAUUACUGCAAUUGCCUACUAACGGGUCUCUCAGUUUCUUCUCUUACCCGCCUGCCAUCCCCCACAUAGCCACUGGGGUGAUCAUAACAUCCAGGUGGGACACCUGGAUGGCUCAGUCAGUUGAGCAUCUGACUUUGACUCCAGUCAUGAUCUUGCGGUUCGUGAGUUCAAGCCCCACGUCGAGCUCACUGCUGUCGGCACAGAGCCCGCUUCGGAUCCUCUGCCCUCUCUCUGUCUGCCCCUCCCCAGCUUGCACCCUCUCAAAAAUAAAUUAAAAAAAAAAAUUAAAAAAACACAUAAAUCAAGAUCCUGUCACUUUCCUCCCUUUUCCUCUAAUGGCUUCUAUUGGCUUUGCAAACAUCCAAACACGAUUCAAGACCCAUGGGGCUUCCCAUGAUGUGGUUCCUGCUCACUUCUUUGACGUGGUCUCUUGGACUUUUCCUCAUCAUUUGUGACACUUUGGCCACACUGGCUUUCCUUUAGGGCCUCAACAGUCCAAGCCUGUGCCUCCUUUGGUGCGUUGGCUAUUACCUAUUUCUGUGACUGCAGAUGCUCCUGCUUAUGAGGCCCAUGUGGCUAGAUCUUUCUGGACACGUGGACACCACACACGUUUUUAAAUUCUGAUUUUGGGAGGCCCUUUCUGAACCCCAAUAUAAAAUGGCACUCUCCACACAUCUGUUCUCAAUGUAUCAUCUUUUUUUUAAAAAACGUUUAUUUUUCAGAGAGCGAGAGAGAGAGAAAGCAAGCGCAUGGGCGAGCGGGGAAGGGGCAGAGAGAGAGAAGGGGGACAGAGUAUCUAAAGC